AAACUCAGUCAGCCAGGAAAUGUUUUUUUUUUUUCCUGGAAGUUCUGAUAUCAAUUGGAAAUCUCUGUUGGGAGCAGAGGAAAUCUCAGUUGGGAAAAGAAAGUAAAGAAGAGGAUUUUCCUGUAGGCACAAGAUGAUGGACAUACCAAACUUAGAAAUGACAAAGCAGAACCUUGACUACCUGAACUCAGACCUUGAAAAGGACCUGCUGAGACUGGAUGAGGCAAAUCAGGUUCUUCUCAGACAAAUUCAGGAGAAAGAAGAAACUAUUCAAAGUCUGGAAAGAGAUAUCACCCUGUCAAUAGGACAAGCCAAAGAGAGGGAGGAGUUAAACCAGAUCAUAUUUGAGAAGGAGGAUACUCUGAGGAACCUGGAACUAGAGUCAGCAAAGCUGGAAAAAACAAAUAAGAUCCUCAGCAACAAUGUGAUGGAGCUUCAGAACAAGAUUUCAAGAUUUAAGAAUGUUGAGUUUGAUAACAGUGCCCAAAACCAGAUUUUAGAAGAAUUGAAGGUGAGACUGCAGAAGUCAUCAGAGUCCUGUGCAGAGCAGGAGAAAGAAAUGAUUAAGCUAGAGAGUGACUACCAAUCUGUGUAUCAGCUCUGCAAGGACCAGGCCCACUACAUAAAGAAAUACCAGGAAAUUCUGAGGAAGAUGGAAAAGGAAGAAGAAAUGCUGUUGCUUGAAAAAGAAAUAUCCAAAGCCCAGAAAAACUCUUCCCAAAUAGUGAAGCCUGGGUCAAUUCUAGUAGAGACCAUCCAAAGCAACAUGGAGAAAGCCAUCAAAAAGAAACACAAGAGGAUCUUUUGGUACAGGCAUUUCCGUGGUUUUGUCUUCAUGGUCAUGAUCUUCAUUAGGCUGCUGGGUUAUGUGUUUUUCCACCUGCAGUACAUAAACCCAGACCUUCUUGUGGAUGCCCUGCCCCUGAUGAUGAGUAGGAGCAGUUUGAAGAGGCUAAGGGAUAUCUUAUUUCCCUUCCUCACUCUAGAAGUGGAUGAAGUUCUACCGCACUAAUCUGGGGUGAUCACUGCACCUCACACUACCCCUAAGAGGAGGAGCUGUGGCUGUGGCCUUGUAUUAGAGGUGUGGGCCGGGAAGGAGGUAGAAGUCUUCACCCCAGAGCUGCUACUUGAUAUCCAAUCUUUUCUUUUCAUUUUUGCUUUCCCUCUGGAGUAUCUCUCUUUCAAAUAAAGAAUAUGUUUGACCAGA